GAGGAUUCAAGAAAUGGAAUGUUCAAUUAUCAAACUUUCGUGCUUGGAAGUCUUAUUCAAGCUUCAAAGUGUAAAUCGUGGAGCAACAUACUGUUGAUCUGUCAAAGAAAAUGUCUGACCCUGAAAGUCACCACCAGUUUGGUGCCCCGCACCGCGGACUCCGCCGCCGUGGUCACCUAACUGUAAGAUCAAGCUCUAGCCAUAAUUCUUAUCCUGGAUCGAUUAGACGCCACUCUCUUAUAGAUCCUCUUUCCCCCCCUGAGAAUAUCAAACUCGACUGGAACCGGAUGGGAAAUCCCCCAAACAAUGAGAUUUAUGUCCAGAGAGUAGAAGGACCGGUCGAUGAGCGGCCAGAUGCUGCAAAUCUCACAAUUCCUCUAAGAAAUGAGAUAGUUACGACAGAAGGCGUAGAAGCAGUAUGGAAUAAAGAUUCGACGAAAGACGUUACGAUACACUUGGACUUCGAAUUUGACGAGGAUAUUGAAGCUCAUGUGGAAGAUCUCACUAGACUGAGAAGGCUGGGUAACUUUGAGACCGCGUUGCAGUAUAUUGAGUCGUGUCCAGAUGAAUGCAAAAAUCAUGAGGACAUUGCCGUCAUCUACGCAGAUAUUUUGUUAAUGCAAGGCGAUCUCAACUAUGCAAAACUUACAAAAUUGGGAGCAACCUUUCAAAAAAUAUACCAGCAAUGUAUAGACUGCGCAAUUUUCAAGAUGAAAUUUGUACGGGCCUCGGAUUCUGAUUUCGAUUAUGGCGCCUAUAAUCGUUUGCAGAGUGAAAUGGCUGAGGAGCUGAAUUCAAAAUUUCCUCUACUCAAUCCAAUGCAGGUAAAACUUCUUUGCAAUUGGUUACGGAUAGAGGAUGCAUUCUAUAUCGCAAAUAGAAUUUCCCCAUCCAAUUGGAAGACCCUCUACGAGCAUCUUGCUUCCCAAAAUCGUGUCUCAGAUAUGCGAGAUCUGUUCCACACAAUUUCGGAAAGCGAUGUCAUGUUCGCGAUUCAAGGUUGGUUUGAGAUGAACCUUGAUUCCGAGAACUCCAUCAGCAGUUUUGUCACAGAAUGGACCAAAUCACGCGACGAAUUUACAGACAUUGCUCUUCUUGAUGUCUUGGCCUCAAUGUGUUUAAAAAUAUUCUUGAAUUACGUGUACCCUCGCAAAGAAUAUGUAAGGCACGCAAGUCAAUGUAUAGAAUAUGCUCGGCAACUCGCCAAAUCUGUCACUAGUAACAAUCCCGAAAACACUAAAUCCGAGUCCUACUUGACAUGGAUCUUGGCAGAGGAAAAAUUGUCGAGAAUCCUCAAAAGGAGCGAACCCCGCUUAAUUAACCAUUUUAGGGGGUUUCCUGGUAUUGUCAUUUGGCAACGCGAUCUUCCAAUUUAUGUUCCCUUUAUGAAUGAGAACCCAGGUUGGGUCACAGAUGAGCCACGCAGACAAUCUGAUGAUUUACUGAAACUUGGGCUGCAUACAGCACAGGAAUUGGGCAAUUAUUCGUUAGAAGGGAAGUUCUUGGAAGAAAUAAUUCUUGGUUCCCAGGAACCGCAAGAACGAUUGAAAGAGAGAGCGCUCCUGCAGAAAGAUGAACAAAAAUAUCGGCCUGGAUAUCUUGCAACAUGUCUGACAAGGUAUCUUGUGGCAACAGACGAAGCCAAGCAAAGAGAACUGUACGAUGACUUGAGCAAGUUUGAUGAGGAAGAAAUAGGAUUUCCUGCAGACCGUGGUGAUGCUAUGAUGUUGAAAUGGUGUCAGAAUAGAAUCCAAAGAGCAUUGUGUAUCUCUCUUAGGGGGACUAAGAAACAGCUGGAUAUUCAUGCUCGAAAAGAAGUAUUUUUGCAUAAAGAGGUUUCAGAGAAUCAUCGUCAAUUUUUCGAAAACAAUAUGAGAUCAAUGGCAAUGAAUGAACAGAACGAUUCUUCUUUGAGGAUUGGUCGCAAUCACAAUGACAUUUCAUACCUUUGGUAUGAGAAAUCUUCUGUUGCUGAGAAAGAAAGAUAUUGGGAGAACAGACCAAGGAGGAUGUUUGAAGGCAUAAAUAGUGAUAUGAUUAAGCCAUCAGAAGAGACCCUUUUGGAUAGCAAUAUGGAUGAAUGGGAGGGAAGAAUGCACCCCAGCAAAAGAGAUAGAAGGGCACAAGCGAAGAAGACUGCACAAUACUUGAGCAAACAUCUUUCUGCACCACAGCAGGCUAAUAGAGCCCAUAUCAAUACCGAGGAAGAGACCCCAAGAUCAUUAUAUUACAAUACAAGCGACGGCGACGACCUUUAUGAGAAAAACGGUCCAUAUCCUACGAUCACUAAUGAUAGACACAGUACAGAUGAAUCUGAAACAGGAGACUCUAUAUAUGAAUCGCUUGAUGGUAGAUGAUAGAGCUAUGACAUCGAAUACAGCAGGCGAGUCACAAGAAGGAGACAUAGACUGGUACUAUAGCUAGUCAGCGUUUUUUUUUUCAGUCAAUAAGCACGGCUUUCAUUUAUCUAUCAGAGGCGAGCAUAUAAACUCCUAGCGUUACCAAAUUAUCUAUUUAUUUUUUCUCAUCUCAUUCUAUACUGUUUUUUUCUUGACAUACUCUAUGUUUCCUUUCCUUAGAUGAGAGAAUUAGGAUGUUCACUAGGACCAUCUUUCUCGGAAGUACUCUCUUAUUCCUCAAUUUUGAAGUAUUUUUUAACUCCA